AUGCUUUUCUAUGCACCCUUCCUCGCCUUCUUUGUCGUUUUCCAUUGCGGGCUAGCGGCAAGAAUCCAGGGAAAUCUGGAUAUCUACGCCUCUAAGCGGCUGAUACAGACAGGGCCGAGCGACAAGAAGUGGCUAACCAAGAACGAUAUAUUCAAUCUGAGCCGAUCUGGUACAAAAUUCCGCGACAUUACUGACAUUGACAGCAGCCUUAUCAGUCUCCGACAGAAGCAGCUGCACAUUCCCGACCAGCCGUCAUUACAGCAAGCCAUCAAGCCGCUAUUUACCAACAUUUCUGAUGCACUCCCUCGUCGUGUCCUUGAAGGAAUGGCAAAGUUCCACAACCGGUUUUUCAACUCGCGCAAUGGCCGUGAGUCGUCGCUCUGGCUGCAGCAACAAAUCACCAGUGUGGUUGCUGGUAUCGGCGGUGUGGAGGUUGUGCCUUUCGUUCAUUCGUUUCCGCAGAAUAGCAUUAUCACCAAAAUCCCGGGACGCAGUGACGAGACUGUCAUUUUGUCUGCUCACCUUGACAGCAUCAACAAGUUCGACCCAGAGCAUGGCAGCGCACCAGGUAUCGACGAUGACGGCACAGGUGUUGUUGUGCUCAUGGAAGUUAUGCGGAUUCUGGCUAGCAGUCAGCUGAAACUGAAUCGGACUAUCGAGUUCCAUUUCUACGCAGGGGAAGAGGUCGGGUUGCUGGGCUCGGCUGAUAUUGCGCACAUGUAUGCAAAAGCGAUGCGGCCAGUAGUAGUUGAUCUCCAGCUUGACAUGACCGGAUUCCCAACUAGCCCGCCUGUGGUUGGCAUCUUGACGGAUAACACAGAUCCUGGUUCGACGUCGCUGCUGCGCCAGAUUGUGUCCGAGUACACCGACCUGAAGACCCAGGAUUUUUCAUGCGGAUAUGCGUGCUCCGACCAUGCAAGCUGGUUUGAGGCCGGCUAUCGUGCUGUGCUGCCUGGCGAAAGCCCGCUUGUCACUGGGAAUCCCCACAUGCACACGUCAUCAGACGAUAUCAGCACUGUUAGCUUCCAGCACUUGCUACACUAUGUAAACAUUGCCCUGGCAUUUGCAGUAGAGGUUGCUGGAGUUACUGGUAGUUGA